AACAAUAGAAAGUGGUACGUACCAUCACAGUCUUUACGAUAGGUACAUUUCCCUACGAAGUCAAGAUUAUAUUUUCUACUUUGCAUUCAUAAAAUAGUUUCCUCGCCAGUGAAUUAAUCUUAAAAUCGAUUCUUGUAGUAUCUGUUGCAUUCGAUUGUGCCCCCUGGAGCCCUUCUGGGAGGGAAUAGUGCCUUGUUCCUUCGCUGCUGAACGUGAUUAAUUUCUCCCCGGCUAUGAUAACCAAAGCAUGGAAGUGGGUUGGAUUGGAUCUGUCAACUGAUAGAAACAGCGGCUUGUACUGUACUGUAGUAGGGAUGGCAAGAAUAUAGGAGGAAUUGAACAGACAUUUAAGGUGUGGUAGCCGAGGUCCAGGUAUCCCAGGAUGCCGUUGGUGAAGAGGAGUAUCGAGCCCAGGCACCUGUGCCACACGGUGCUGCCGCGGGGCAUUAAGAACGAGCUGGAGUGUGUGACCAAUGUGUCCCUAGCUAACGUCAUCCGACAGCUCAGCAGCCUCAGUAAGUACGCAGAGGAUCUUUUUGGGGAGCUGUUCAACGAGGCCCACUCCUUCUCCUUCCGGGUCAACUCCCUCCAGGAGCGCGUGGACCGCCUCUCUAUCAGCGUCACUCAGCUAGAUCCUAAGGAGGAGGAGCUAUCUCUCCAGGACAUUACUAUGAGGAAGGCAUUUAGGAGCUCCACCAUCCAGGACCAGCAGCUGUUUUCCCGCCAGUCGCUGCCCAUCCCCCUGCAGGAGACGUUUGACCUCUGCGAGCAGCCACCACCCCUCAACAUCCUCACACCCUACAGGGAUGAUGGUAAGGAGGGGCUGAAGUUCUACACAAACCCCUCCUACUUCUUUGACCUGUGGAGAGAGAAGAUGCUGCAGGACACGGAGGAUAAAAGGAAAGAGAAGAGGAAACAGAAGUUGCAGGACCCCGGCAUGUAUGAUCAGGUCUAUAGGUACUUAGACCUCCCAGGGCAGGUAAGGGGAAACGACCGUACUCUGGAGACUGAGAAGGUACCCCGGGCUCCUCACGACCGGAAGAAGGAGUGGCAGAAACUGGCGCUGGGGGCAGAGCUAGCUGAGGACGACUCUGAGGAGGCCUUGAAAGAAAGAGAGGCUAACGGCUCCGCCACCUACCACGACAGGUCUGGGGCUCCUAUGUACUUAGAAGGGAUGGACGGGCCGUUCUCCCUAGCAGCGCUGCCCUACAGUCAAAUGAACGAGCUGCUGAACCGUCCUGGGGACAGAAUGUACACGCGACCCCACGACCCCCCACCACUGCCCCCAAUGCACUCUCUGGGAGACAUCAAACCCCCCUCCUUGAUCAGCUCCAGUUCAGGUUUUUCAGACAGCAGACCCCAGUCUCCAGCACAGAUGCAUGGCUUCAAUUCCAACACCCCUCCCCCUCCACCUCCACCCUUGCCUCCUCCACCUCCCCUGCCUUCCAUGUCCAGCUCUGGCCCACGGGACACCCCUCCUCCCCCUAUCCCUCCUCUACCAGUCCAGCAGCAGCCCCCUGCCAUCCCCCCUCCCCCCGCCCCCCUCCAGAUUGCUCCUGGCGUCCUCCACCCUGCCCCUCCUCCCGUGGCUCCUCCCCUCCACCUCUCCUCCCCGGCACGCCUCCAACAGAUCCUGGACAAGGGCCCGCCCCCUCACCUAUCAGAUGGCACUGUACUGCCCCCGCCCCCUCCUCCUCCUCUGCCCCUCCCAGGAGCACGGAUCUCCUCCCCCUGCCCGCCAGGCCCGCCCCCCGUGCCUUCCUUCCUGUCAGGUGCCGUGGGUUCCCCAGCCUCUCACUCCAGUGGGAAGAAACAUUCUGCCAGCCUGCCGCCCAUCAGUGACGCACGCAGCGUCUUAUUGGAGGCCAUCCGCAAAGGUAUCCAGCUCAGGAAGGUGGAGGAGCAGAGGGAGCAGGAGGCAGCCAAACACGCGCGUGUGGGGAACGACGUGGCCACCAUCCUGUCCCGACGCAUCGCCGUCGAGUACUCCGACUCGGAGGAUGAGUCCGAGUUCGACGAGGGAGACUGGAUGGAGUGAACGAGAUGGAGGGAGAGGAGAAGAGAAGGGGACAGAGGGCAAAACUGUCACUCAACUGUACCCCCUUUUCGAGACGUCACAAGUUUGUC